AUGAGUAAAUAUAGUGGUAAAAAUAGUGUGAGAAUGGACGUGGAGGUAGUAAAUACACCAAUUAAAACUGAUAACAAAAAAGGCCCAAAGAAAAAAAAUGCAUCUAGAUUAGAUAGAACCCAAUAUGAAAAAAAAGAAAGUGUAUGUUUUAAUUUAAAAAGACAAAAAAAAGUAGGAAAUAAAUCAAUUGAUCCUGCUGCAACACAAGCAGAAGAUAUACCUCCUGACAAAAAUGACAACAUUGAAAUUGAAAAUGAUAAUGCAAAAUUAAAAACAACAAUAAUUGGAGUAACUGAUAUAAAACAUCAGACUAUAUCAACAAUGACUAAGCCAAAUAUAAUUUUAAAAAAAAAUUCUAAAUCAGAUGAGAAUAUUAAAGUUGAAUUUUCUGCAAAUUUUCAAAAAACAAAGUCACAAAAAUCUUCUGUAAAUCGAUUGAAAGAAAAAGAAGGUAAUCAAAAUGAAACACUAGGUAAUAUUCCUUUAAUAUCAUCACCAAACUUAUCUGUAGAAAUGUUACAACAACUUGAAAAAGAGGAAUGGUUUCAUGGAAUAAUGACAAAAGAUGACAUCAAAGAUCUCCUUUCAACAUCAGGAAGUUUUUUAGUUCGUAUUGAUAUAACAAAUUCUAAAGAAAAAAAAAUAAUGUUAUCAUGUAAAUGGAAUAAUAGGAGAAUUCAUUUUGUUCUUGAAAAUAAAGAAAAUCAAAUAAUACUUUUUGAACAUAAAAGUAAUUCAAUAUCAGAAUUAGUUAAUAGAUUAAUGACAAAUAAAAUUCCAAUACAUAAUGAAUUUAAAGUUAUCCUUCAAAAUCCAAUACCACAACAAUCAUGGGAAAUUAAUAAAAGUAAUUUAACAUUAAUUAAAAAAAUAGGCCAAGGUACAUUUGGUGAUAUUUGGAAGGCUAAUAUAAAAAUAAAUAACAGUCAAUCAAAUACACUUGUUGCUGUAAAAAUUCCAAAAACAAAAAAUGUUGAUAAAUAUAUUGAAAUAGUAACAGAAGCUAUAUUAGAGGUAAAAUCUAUGAGAGUGUUUGAACAUGAAAAUAUUGUCAAAUUUCAUGGUGCUUGUUUUACCUCAGAACCUAUAUUAUUUGCCAUGGAAUUAUCAGUAUUUGGAUGUUUAAGAAAAUAUAUCAGAAGAAGGAAAAAUAUUAGUGAUAAAGAUCUCCUUAAGUUUGCUAUUGAUGCUUCGCUAGGUAUAUCUCAUGUUCAUUCGAAAUAUGGAAUACAUCGUGAUAUUGCAACAAGAAAUUGUCUUCUUUUUCCAAAUAAAGUUGUAAAACUUGCUGAUUUUGGACAAGCUAUUAUAUUAAAAGAAGGUGAAAAAGAAUUUAAACUUGAUAGUAAAGAUUCAUUAUUACCUUUACGUUGGUUAUCAGCAGAAACAUUAAAACAUUCUAUUUUUUCAUAUAAAACAGAUGUAUAUAGUUUUGGAAUUCUUCUAUGGGAAUUAUUUCAUAAUUGUAAAGAACCAUUUGAAUCAUUAACUAUGGUUGAUGUAAUUUCAGGAGUUCGCCGUGGUCUCAAACCAAAAUCACUACCUACAGUUCCACCAGAAAUUGUUGAUCUUAUUGAAAAUAAAUGUCUGCAACUUAGUCCAGAUAAACGUCCACCAAUCUCAGAAGUUACCAAUAUAAUGAAAACUAUUUAUAAUAAAAUGCUAAAAAAAUAA